CACUCGCUUGGCAAACAUGGCAGACAGCGCAAGUGAGAGCGACACUGAUGGAGCUGGGAGCGGCUCGGCCGCCCUGCAAUCCUCUUCCACCAAAGCGGGGAUCGUAAUUUCCCCGUUCCGACUGGAAGAGCUUACAAACCGACUGGCUUCGCUGCAGCAGGAGAACAAAGUCCUGAAAAUCGAGCUGGAAACGUACAAACUCAAGUGCAAAGCUCUGCAGGAGGAGAACCGGGAACUGCGUAAAGCCAGCGUCACCAUUCAAGCAAGAGCAGAACAAGAAGAGGAAUUCAUCAGCAACACGCUGUUUAAGAAGAUCCAAGCCUUGCAGAAAGAAAAGGAAACGCUUGCUGUGAAUUAUGAGAAGGAAGAAGAGUUCCUUACAAACGAACUGUCCCGCAAACUUAUGCAGUUGCAACAUGAGAAGGCAGAACUUGAACAGCAUUUAGAGCAGGAACAAGAGUUCCAAGUGAACAAACUGAUGAAGAAAAUAAAGAAACUGGAGAAUGACACUAUAUCCAAGCAGCUCACACUGGAGCAGCUAAGACGUGAGAAGAUUGACCUUGAAAAUACAUUGGAGCAAGAACAAGAAGCACUAGUAAAUCGUCUCUGGAAACGAAUGGACAAGCUAGAGGCAGAGAAAAGAAUUCUGCAGGAGAAACUAGACCAGCCAGUAUCUGCCCCACCAUCACCCAGAGACAUAUCAAUGGAAAUUGACUCCCCAGAAAACAUGAUGCGGCAUAUCAGAUUUUUAAAGAAUGAAACAGAAAGGCUAAAGAAACAGCUCCGAACUGCUCAGUUACAACAUACGGAGAACAGGGCACAGUAUAUAGAAGAGGAACGACACAUGAGGGAAGAGAAUAUACGGCUCCAGAGAAAGCUGCAAAGGGAAAUGGAGCGGAGAGAAGCCCUCUGCAGGCAAUUGUCUGAAAGUGAAUCCAGCCUUGAAAUGGAUGAUGAAAGGUAUUUUAACGAGAUGUCUGCACAAGGGCUUCGUCCUCGCACAGUGUCCAGUCCAAUACCUUAUACACCGUCUCCAAGUUCUAGCCGACCAAUAUCACCUGGUCUAUCGUUUGCAAGUCACCCGGUUGGUUUUACACCACCGACUUCAUUGACAAGAGCCGGAAUGUCUUACUACAACCCCCCAGGUCUUCAUGCACAUGGUGUUGCCAGGCCUUCCCCCAGAAGAAGCAACAGCCCUGACAAAUUUAAACGUCCAACCCCUCCACCUUCUCCAAACACGCAAACAGCGGUCCAGCCUCCGCCACUGCCUCCUGUCCAACCGACAUCGUCACAGGCAGCUACUUCCCAGCACCCUGUGCAUCCCUCUUCACAGCCAUAGUGCAUGUACUCUGCAGCAGCUUCAUCCAGAGUGGACUUGUGACACCAAGCGCUUUACUAAAAGCCAAAGGCUUAUCCGGCAUAUUUGGAUUUGACUUACUUGCACUGAGAUUAUGUAAGCUUCACUGUUAACUGUGUUGUAAAUGCUUUGUUUAGAAUGCAGCCAGUGUUGUGGCCCUACAACACUAAACAUACCAUAUAUUAUUGUCAGUGUUUACUGGAACUGUGUUGGACCAUUCUCUGGCUGAAACAUUUGCCACCGCAUUGUUUAAUGUCAUGUCGCUCAACUUCAUCGGCUUUUGAGGCUUGUUUAAGAAAAAGGGAACCCUUUUAUUAUUUUUUUUCCCCAUCAGUACAGAACUUACAGGCAUAAAAAAAGAAGAUAUCAUCAAUAAGCAAAAAGCAUCAAUGUUUUAAUGUGGAUUUGCCAAGCGCUAUUUAGAGUCAGCACUACAUUUUAAGUAUGUAAUAGCUUCUGGUACAGAAGUCACUGACACAUUAAUCAGUGCUAGAUAAUUAUAAUCUCUGAUGUGUAAAACAAGCUUUUAGGAGAUGUUCAGUGACAUAUCUUGAAUGUCUGUCCUUUUCAUGACAAAAAAUAUGUAUAUAUAAAUGUCACACAAAUGGCAGGUACUGUGUAGAAUAAAUACAAGAGAUGUUAUAUAUAGUAAGAGAACAUGUGUAACAGGAGACUUAUUUUUAAAUUGGGUUUAUUUUGAGGGUUUAGUGAUUCUGUAACAAUUUAUUAACCUGUAACCCUUUUGUAUUUUUAUUUAGAAAGCAGCGACCUCUUAUGGGGUAUUCACAAUACUUGUAAGUACAAUGAAUACACAGUUCAGAG